AUGGGCUCUCGAUCCUCGCGCGAGACAACUUCCUCCAGCGGAAGCGGGCAGACCCGCACGCGCACGCUGAGCACAUCGUCCAGCGCAAAAAGCCUCCUCCCCGCACGGAUUAUUGAGCCGCUGGAAUACUACUCCAAGCGACGAUUCCACCCGGUACACCUGCACGAUACAUUCCAGGAGACUCGGUAUAGCAUCAUCCGGAAGCUGGGAUAUGGAUCUUUCUCCACUGUUUGGUUGGCGCGAGAUAACCGACUCGAUCGCUAUAUCGCGCUAAAAAUUGGCCAAGCGGAGAGUGAACCGACCGGUGAGAUUGGCAUCUAUGAGCGGCUUGCGUCCUCCAAGCUCGUUAGCCAUCCGGGUCGUGAGCAGUAUCUACCGCUGCUCGACCAUUUCCGCGUUACUGGGCCUAAUGGCGUCCAUCAAGCACUAGUGUAUGAACCCAUGGGCGCUAGUGUGGCAGAGGUAAAAGAUACGCUGUUCCCAGAUAGUCCGUUCCCGCUGUGGACGGCGAAAUCGAUUAUGUGGCAGACGCUGCUGGGGUUGGACUAUAUGCUGGAGAAUGCUAUCGUACAUGGUGAUGUGCAGCCACGGAAUCUCCUCUUCACGUUGGAGGAUUUGGGGUCUCGGUCGGUAGCAGAGUUGCAGCAGGAUAAGGAUAUCCCGCUCACGCCGGUGUCAAAGGCGGAGAUUGAUGGAGUGAAGCUUCCAAAGUAUAUCGUCCCAGCGGACUCGCUGAUGCGGUACCUCGAUAUCUCCCGGCCGUUCAAAGUCAAGGUUUCCGACCUUGGUGGAUCCUUCCUCACAACUAACCCUCCACACACCCCCGCACCACCAUUCUCGCUCCGCGCUCCCGAAACCCUUUUUGAGCGCUCCGUAACAUCUGCACAAGAUAUGUGGAGCUUUGGCUGUCUGAUUUUCGAAUUCAUCACGGGAAUAGCCCUCUUUGAUCUCUGCGAUAUCUCCGUCUUCGAACUGAUAGAUGACCUCCACUUCGUCGACAUGUACAAUGUCCUCGGGUUUCCGUCCGAUGAACGUCUCCGAGAUCGUCAGUGGCCGGGGUGGCGGAACUAUUUCACCGCAAGUGGGGAACGUAUAAAUCACCACCCCCGCAGCCGAGAUCGUGAUAUAGACGGGAAUGGGUCCCCGGUGGUGUUGACGUUGGAGGAGUUACUAGAUGAUUUGGUUGGUGAGAGCUUUUCCUCUGACGAAUUGGAGACGACAAAGGAUUUGCUUAGAGGGUUGUUGGAGUUUGACCCGGCGAAGCGGUUCCGCACAAAGCAGGCGAUGAUGCAUAAAUGGUUUGAGGGGAUGCGGGUUUAA